UAUUCCCGGUUAAGCCGUCCCGCUUUCCAUCGUUAUUUCCCUCGCACCUUCCAAGAAAUCCCCCGACCCCGUCUUCCUCUUCCUGCAGCCGAAGUACGCCCUCCAAAACGCCUUGAUUCCUGUUCCACCUUUCAAACAAUUAGGGUUUCGAGAUUCUUUCUUCAUUCCGCUAAAACCCUAACCCCAAUCGAUCUAUACGCGGACUAGGUUCAUGUUUCAAACCCACGGUCUCCAGCUCCUUGGCUGCCGUUCGGUUUGAUCGCAGAUGGCGGAGAGGCGGAAGCCUCUCAUACUCUCCUCCACCCGAACCCUCCUCGAUUCCGUCCUCAAUUCGGCCAAGUCCGGCGGCAUCAAGGAUGGUGGAGGUGGCGCCGACCGGAGAGACCGGGUCUCCGGCGACCGGAGUCGGCUGGGGAUGCGAUUGACGGCCGGGAUUCUCCGAUUUGCGGAUGAUGGAGCUGGAGGCGAUGAGCUGAAGGAGAAUUCGCACUUGGUGGGGGUUUCUGCCUCCGUGCUGAAGAGACUCUCGGUCACAGCUGGAUCACUGGUUUUUGUCAAGAAUUCCGAUACUGAUGUAGGGAGGAUCGUUAAGGUUAUGGUCCUUGAUCGUCCAGUUGUGGGGGAGACACAGGAAGAAUGCACCAACCAAGCCAUCUCGGCUUCAAGUUCUUGUCGUGUAAUGAAUAUAAUGCCUUCAUUUACAUAUCCAUCAGACAUUCAUCUUUCCUUGGAUCAGGAAGUUGCAUAUAUCACCCCACUUUUAGCAUUUAACCUUGGGUUGCAUGUCUCUUGCCUUAAACUUCUUGUACAUGGGGGCGAAGAAUCCUUGAAAUCUUUGUUUGAAGCUGAAGGGCACGAGACAGAUGAGAGGCGGACAAAUAAUUCCUCUGUGCACAUUGAGCUUGAUGCAUGGCCUCACUUGCCCAUAUAUGCCUCACACAUAAGGGUUUCUUUUGUAAAGAUCCCUGAAUGUGGUGUGCUUGGAUCCCUUCGGGGAAAUUCGACAAUUGAAGUAGGGGACCGUCAAGAUAUAAUUGACUCAGCUUUGAAUGCUUACUUUAAAGUUGAUAGGUUUUUGGCUAGAGGUGAUGUUUUCUGUAUUCACAUAAAUUGGUAUUGUGGUUCAGAAAUGUGUGUUGCUUGCAACCAGAAGACAUUCGAAAGAUUUUCGAGAAAUAGAAUCUACUUCAAGGUCAUGGCUAUGGAGCCAUUAAAUGAAUCUAUCCUUCGUGUUAAUUGCAAUCAAACAGCACUUGUUCUUGGAGGAAGUGCAACUUCUGCUAUUCCUCCUGAUAUAUUAGUUGGCAACUACAAUGAACUUAUGCCUGUGCAAGGUGAUACUGUGAAGCUCUUGGCAUCCAUAUUAGCACCUACAUUAUGCCCCUCUGCUCUAUCAUCAAAGUUCAGGGUUGCGGUGUUCUUAUUUGGUCCUGCAGGGUGUGGUAAGAGAACAGUUGUUAGAUAUGUUGCUGGUCGUUUAGGCUUGCAUGUAGUGGAAUUUAGUUGUCAUGACCUUAUGGCUCCUUCAGAGAGGAAGUUGCCUGCUGCACUUGCAAAUAUGUUCAAAAUGGCUCACAGAUAUUCACCUUCUAUUCUUCUACUUCGCCACUUUGAUGUGUUUGGCAAUCUAUCUUCUAAUGAAGGCUCAUCAUUUGAUCAAGUCGGCAUUACCUCAGAAGUUGCAUCAGUUAUUAGAGAGUUUACGGAGCCAGUUUCUGAAGAUGAGGACUUCAAUCCUGGAAAAGCAGCAAAUGAUGGUUCUUAUCUAGUGGAAGCUGAAAGAGUAAGCAGUCACCAAGUAUUACUAGUUGCAGCUGCAGAUACUUCUGAAGGUCUGCAACCACCUAUUAGACGUUGCUUCAGCCAUGAGAUAAGCAUGAGUUCUUUAAGUGAAGAACAGAGGGUCAACAUGCUGUCCCAAUCACUACAAGGUGCCACCAAGAUCCACGAUCAGACUAUUAAUGAUGAAUUUCUGAAAGACAUCAUUGCCCAGACAUCGGGUUUCAUGCCUAUGGAUAUACGUGCCAUAGUUGCUGAUGCCAGUGCCAGUUUUAUACAUAGAUUUUUAGCUGACAAUGAUAGAGUUGGACCCAGUGAGCAUGAUGAAAAUUCUGUUACAGGCUUUAAGUCUGCUAGGGAUGACAACAGCUCUGAUAGAAAUGCAGCUAAGCAUCUGGCUAGAGAAGACUUCUCGAAAGCUUUGGAACGAUCAAAGAAAAGGAAUGCUUCUGCAUUGGGUACACCUAAAGUGCCCAAUGUGAAAUGGGAAGAUGUUGGUGGGCUUGAAGAAGUGAAGAAAUCAAUUCUAGAUACUGUUCAGUUACCUCUCCUGCAUAAGAAUUUAUUUUCAUCUGGAUUGCGCAAGAGGUCAGGUGUUUUGCUCUAUGGCCCCCCUGGGACAGGGAAGACACUGUUGGCAAAAGCUGUUGCAACCGAGUGUUCAUUGAAUUUUCUCAGUGUAAAAGGGCCAGAAUUAAUUAAUAUGUACAUAGGAGAAUCCGAAAAAAAUGUUCGAGACAUCUUCCAGAAGGCAAGAUCUGCACGUCCCUGUGUCAUUUUCUUUGAUGAGCUUGAUUCCCUUGCUCCUGCUCGAGGAGCCUCUGGAGAUUCAGGUGGUGUCAUGGACAGAGUUGUUUCUCAGAUGCUUGCAGAAAUUGAUGGCCUAAAUGAAUCCAGUCAGGAUUUAUUUAUUAUAGGGGCGAGUAACAGACCUGAUCUUAUUGACCCAGCUCUUCUGCGCCCUGGUCGAUUUGACAAACUUCUAUAUGUUGGAGUAAAUUCGGAUGCAUCUUAUAGGGAGAGCGUUCUCAAGGCACUUACACGAAAAUUUAAACUGCAUGAGAAUGUAUCUUUAUUCUCAAUAGCUAAGAAGUGUCCUCCAAAUUUUACUGGAGCAGACAUGUAUGCACUAUGUGCAGAUGCUUGGUUUCAUGCUGCAAAACGGAAGGUUUCAGACAAUUGUAUAGAUUCUUCAAGUAUUGAUGAUAAAGGAGAUUCAGUUGUUGUUGAAAUCAAUGAUUUUAUAAAGGUCUUAGGAGAGCUGUCACCAUCUUUAUCACUGAAUGAAUUGAAGAAGUAUGAACGGCUAAAGGAACAGUUCGAAGGAGCUUCAAAAUGAAGCACAGCUAAUUAUAUCACAUGGUUCAUUUUACAAGUGUGCAAGAUCUGCACAUUCCUCUUUUGUGCGAGGCCAAAUAGCUAGUGAGGGAAUGCAAGCUACAACAAGACCUGGUUACCAUCAAACCAGGUGGCAUUCUCCAUUAAGAGACAAUUGGACUGGCCCUGUUUGCGCUGAUUGCGGGGGAAGAGUCUUCUUUCUACACUAGUAAUUUUAUCAAGCUACCAAGCAUCUAUUCCUUCAAGCCAGAUUGACUGCUGUAAUUAAUAUUUGACCCCAUGAUGGCUUUUCUUUGGGAAAGAUACUUGCUAACCCAUGCUGCUGAGGUCGGUAUAUUUUUGCUGUAUCUUGAUUCCAGAGUAAUGGAUAGCAAUGUGUUUGUUCAGUCAUGCCGGUGACAGUUUGCCUUACCAAAAUAUGCCAUCAUCUUUGGUUCUCUGGUCCAGGCACGUGUUGUAUAAGUUGCGCGGGUCACCCAGUAUUGGCCCCACCACCCGGCUGGCCAUUCAUUUAUUCUUCAUGAAGAUGCAAGGAAAGGUCUUGAAGGGGCUUGUUUUGUCAGUGGUGUUUUCUUUUUUGACUUAAAUUUUUGUUUCCAUUGGUACUUGUGGUUAAUUACAUAAGGAUCAAGUGACAUUUGUGUUUAUUCCUGCACUAAAAUGUUGGCAGUUGUCGUAUUCCAGCAUGAUGAGGCUGACCCUUAGCCUCUCUAAGGCUAGGAAUAAAGGGCUCGUUUGGUUCGCGGGAAACAUUUUUUCUUCUAAAAAUAUGAUUUCUGAAAAGCAG